UCCCACCCAUCUUCACCUGGUAUACCCGUUCUUUCGGCUCCCACCAGGUACUUCGCAUUAUAUCAUUUGCUCCUAACAAGUUCAAGAACAGCUCGGGCAUUCUACUGGCACAGUUCGUAUCACGGAAAAUCGAAUCAGGAACGCGAAGAACAAGAAGAAACGGAACGGUGCCGCAAAGUGGUCAUUGUGUAAUAUGGAUUGGAUUUGAUUUGUUCGGAGUUGUGGAGUUUAAGCUUCUGUAAAGUUAACAUUUUGGUACUAGAAAAUCACAGUGAAAAUGGCCCGUAAUACAGUAUUAAUCACAAUUACAACCAUAUUGUGUUCGCUAUUCAGCUCUAGUUUAUCUAAAAUACCAUCGAAAUGUGAAGGCGGUGGACAGUUGAAAUAUUUAUGGGGAGACGCCCUAACAGACAGUCCAGACUGUAUGGGUCCAAAUAACAUGCCCUAUCCUACUGCAGCCAUUGAGAGGUCGUUCAGAAGUUCGAACGUAUGGACUGGUAACCAUCGAACGGGGAGGGCGAAGAAAACAAUAGACCCAUUUUUGACUAGAAAGGCCCUUCUGGCAGCCCACGAGAGCAGUGCCGGGAUGGAACCUUCGACCAUUUCCAGGAUGGGUCGAGCUGUUAAUGUAUCGCCAGCCAAUACAUGCAAAGGUACGCCUUCCAGACUAUGUAAAACUAGAUACAACACCACAGCUCCAAUGUACGGGGUUUCACUUACUUCUGGACAACCAGUCACUAUUGUGCAGAAGUUUCCUGAUCUCCUCCAACAAGUAGUUUUCGAGGUUUGUGAAAGUUCAGAAUGUGAUGUGGUUCGGGGCGAAUGCACCCAAACCUACGUUCCGUACCUGUUCCUGGUGAUUCCCCUAGGACCAGUCACAUUGACCGGCCAAGAUUACGUUCUAGUGGAGAGUGGUUGCGUGUGCAGACCGAAAUACGCGUCGCAAACUAACCAGGAGGCAAGUGCAAUGUCGACGAUACCCAGACUAUGAUAAAACUGGUGGAGAUUGUUGUGUAAAUGAGUGGGUUUUAAAGUCAUGUGCACAAAAGUUUACGGGACGCGUGCCUGGUUAUUGUCCGAAAAAUAUAUGCAUAUAUCAUAAUAUGAGAGGAUAAAUUUGUGUUCAUGAAUUCCCCAAUGGCAACGCAAAAGUGCUCAUAAUUAUUUAAAUUAAAUUUGUAAGAUAUUUAUUAUGAUUAUUUUUAUAGAAAAUUUAGUAUUUAAAUGUAUUUAUAAUAUAUUUAAUAAAUUGUUUU